GAGAGAGAAAGAACAGCUCAGUUUAAGAGAGUCAUGACCUUCCCAUCCUGAAAUGGAUGGUUUUUCUGGGUGGAGCUUUACGCAAUCCCCAUUAUAGUCGCCACCCAACCUCCAUUCCCCUCCCCCUUUCUCUCUCUUCUCUGUUCUUUUCCCAUUUUCCUUACCCCUUUCCUCUGUCAUUUCCUCCCAAUUUCACCCUUCCCUUCUAUAUCUUCUUCUUCUUCUUCUUCUUCCUCCUCUUUUCAUUCCCCUUCUUCUCCCUUUCCUUUCUCUUCUCAGAUUCCCCUUCCCUUUUACCACAUAUUCACCCCCAUGGGUAACAUUGGCAGCUCCGGUUCCAAUGCCCGUAGAAGACACGGUACUCGCCGGAAUCACCCUACUCCCCCACCUCCUCCACCACCCCAACCCGAAAUUACAAGUAAUCGAUACGUUUUCGCUGCCGCUACGCCUUACCCAACUCAAUACCCCAACCAUCCCAAUCAUCCCCCGCCGUAUUACCAGUAUCCUGGCUACUUUCCACCGCCACCUGGUCCACCCCCAUCCAUGCCGAUGCCUCUACCGGCGCCUUACGAUCAUCACCAUCGUGGAGGUCAUCCCCAGAUGGAUCCUGCUCAUUGGGUCGGUGGGAGAUACCCUUAUGGCCCUCCUAUGCCGCCUCAAACGCCCUAUGUAGAGCAUCAGAAGGCGGUUACUAUACGGAAUGAUGUUAAUCUCAAGAAGGAAACUCUUAAGGUUGAACCUGAUGAAGAAAAUCCGGGGCAAUUCCUUGUAUCGUUCACGUUCGAUGCCACCGUUGCUGGGAGUAUCACCAUCUUCUUCUUUGCGAAAGAAGGUGAAGAUUGUAACUUGACCCCUGUAAAAGAAGACAUUUUUCAACCAAUAACCGUUCAUUUCGAGCAAGGGCUUGGACAGAAGUUCAGACAACCUUCUGGAACAGGAAUAGAUUUCUCAAAGUUUGAAGAGUCUGAGUUUUUGAAAGUGAAUGACACCGAUGUCUAUCCACUAGUCGUAAAAGCUGAAGCUUCCACAGACACCCAAACUGGCCCAGAUGGUACCCCGGUACCUGAUCCCAUGAAUUCUCAGAUAACACAAGCAGUGUUUGAGAAAGAUAAAGGUGAAUAUCAGGUAAGAGUGUUGAAACAAAUCCUGUGGGUCAAUGGUAUGAGAUAUGAACUACAGGAGAUAUAUGGCAUUGGCAAUUCAGUUGAGGGAGAUGUUGAUGGAAAUGACCCUGGAAAGGAAUGUGUCAUUUGCUUGUCAGAGCCACGGGACACGACUGUCCUUCCCUGCCGACACAUGUGUAUGUGUAGUGGUUGUGCUAAGGUACUGAGGUUCCAGACGAAUCGAUGCCCGAUUUGCAGACAACCUGUGGAUAGGCUCUUAGAGAUAAGGGUCAGCAAUGGGCCAGAAGAAAGUUAAAAAUGGUACUAUUGUUAUACCGCCAUUGAAGCAAACUCUGUACAGCACUGUGUUUAUUGCAUUUCUUUUUUUUUUUGCAUCAUCUGAAUUGAUUUUAUUUCCCCCGAAUUUUCUACAUGUUCUAAAUAAUCAAGAAAGGAAAGCUCUAAGCUUAUUGUCAGCACAUUGUGAGAUUGUGCAAUGGAAGAAGAAAAAGAAAGAAGGAAAUUGUAAACAGUUGUGCCUGUAUUCUCAUCAUCGGAAGUGUCUCUAGAAUUUAUCUCUACUAUAUAUACUUGAGCUGAGCCACGUUUUGUUUGACUUCAAA